AUGGGACAAUCUUGUCUAAAACCUCUGAAAUUCCUUCCAUUCCGUUCACCAAACACUCGACCAUUCUCUACAGCCUCCACUGAAUUUUCACUCCUAUGUUCUCAAGGUUACAUAAAAGAAGCAUUCAACAAAUUCUCUUUCCUAAUAUGGAACAACCCAGCACAUUUCUCUUCCCUUUUACAAUCGUGCAUACAAGAAAACUCUUUUUCGCUCACCAAACAGUUGCAUUCUCUCAUAAUAACCUCUGGUUGUCUCCGAGACAAAUUUGUUUGCAACCAUUUACUCAAUGCGUAUGCAAAACUGGGUCAGUUAGAUAUUGCAGUUCACCUGUUUGAUAAGAUGUCUAAAAGAAAUGUGAUGUCUUCUAACAUUUUGAUUGGUGGAUAUGUGCAAAUUGGCGAUUUGGGUAGUGCGUGUAAGGUGUUUGAUGAAAUGGGUGAGAGAAAUUUGGCUUCUUGGAAUGCUAUGAUUACUGGGUUGACUCAGUUUGAGUUGAAUGAUAAGGCGUUGAAUUUGUUUACGGAAAUGUAUGAGUUGGGUUUGGGGUACUUGCCUGAUGCGUUUACGCUUGGGAGUGUUUUAAGAGGCUGUGCUGGGUUGAAGGAUUUGAAUAGGGGGAGACAGGUUCAUGGUUGUGUGUUGAAGUUGGGGUUAGAGGGUCAUUUUGUUGUUGCGAGUUCGUUGGCACAUAUGUAUAUGAGGUCUGGUAGUUUAAGAGAAGGUGAGAUUGUGAUUAUGUCGAUGCCUGCUCAAACUGUGGCGGCUUGGAAUACUCUUAUUGCUGGUAGGGCUCAGAAUGGGUGUUUUGAGGGUGCGUUGGAGCUGUAUAAUUUAAUGAAAAUAGCGGGGUUUAGACCAGAUAAGAUAACAUUUGUUAGUGUGAUCAGCUCGUGUUCAGACCUGGCUACGAUAGGACAAGGGCAGCAGAUUCAUUCUGACGUUGUAAAAACUGGUGCGGUUUCUGUGGUUGCAGUUGUAAGUUCCUUGAUUAGCAUGUAUUCGAAAUGUGGGUGUUUAGGUGAAGCCGAGAAGAUUUUUGAGGAAAGGGUGGAAGCUGAUAUUGUAUUGUGGAGUGCUAUGAUUUCUGCUUAUGGGUUUCAUGGUAGGGGAAAGAACGCUGUUGAGUUGUUUCAUCGUAUAGAGCAGGAAGGACUAGCACCUAACCAUGUAACUCUCUUGAGUUUGCUCUAUGCUUGUAGUCAUAGUGGGAUGAAGGAUGAAGGGCUUAAAUUUUUCAACUUGAUGGUUGAAAAGUACAACAUAGAGCCUCAACUGGCACACUAUACGUGUGUGGUUGACCUCCUAGGAAGAGCAGGGCGCUUGCAGGAGGCUGAAGCUCUUAUUAGAUCUAUGCCUGUGAAGCCAGACGGUGUCAUAUGGAAAACGUUGCUAUCGGCCUGUAAAAUUCAUAAAAAUGCAGAUAUGGCGAGAAACAUAGCUGAAGAAGUCUUGAGGAUUGAUCCUCAGGAUUCAGCUUCAUAUGUGCUCCUUGCCAACGUUCAAGCAUCUGCUAGAAGAUGGAAGAAUGUUUCUGAAGUGAGAAAAUCGAUGAAAGAUAGAGGAGUAAAGAAAGAACCAGGAAUAAGCUGGCUGGAGUUGAAGAACCAGGUUCACCACUUUAUUAUGGGUGAUAAAUCUCAUCCACAGUCGAACGAGGUUGAUGUGUACUUGAAGGAAUUGAUAGCAGAACUGAAGCUAGAGGGCUAUGUUCCUGACACAGGAUCCGUUUUGCAUGACAUGGAAUUAGAGGAACAAGAGUACAACUUGGUCCAUCACAGUGAAAAAUUAGCCAUUGCUUUUGCACUGAUGAACACCCCGGAGGGUUUUCCAAUUAGGAUAAUGAAGAAUUUACGAAUUUGUGGUGAUUGUCACAUGGCUAUUAAGUACAUAUCCAAGAUGAAAAAUCGAGAAAUUAUAGUACGCGAUGCCAGUAGAUUUCAUCACUUCAAAGAUGGCUGUUGUUCUUGUGGAGAUUAUUGGUGAAGAUUGCAUUUGACAAUCUAACUGAAGGUAUAGACUAGUCGUUCCCCCUUUUACAGUGAGACAGUUUUUGAACCAUUAUUUCCAGCAUUAGUUGUAACAUUAUUCAAAACUUGAAAGAGAUUCACAAACUUAGGCACACAAUAAAUCUUUCUAUUUAUUUUCAUUCAUAUUAUAAGGCCAAUGCUUGGGAUUUUGUACUGGAUACACUGAACUUUGGAAACUAGUUUGGUCACAUGUUCAUUGCAUUUACAGUUGCAAUAACAAUAACAAUUAUAUGGAAUGAAUAAGACAUUAAUAUGCAUGAUCCA